GCGCCUUCGCCAGUCGCCGGUAUCGGGAGGCGCGAGCCGAGUCCUCAGACGGCCUGUAUCCGUGCUCCGUCGAUGGGCAGCCACAGUGAGGACUCGACCCUGCAAGUGAAAGGGAAGGCCGUCGCCCCCGAAGACCCAAAGAGCCGCUGUUCUGACCCGAGUUGUUGUCACUCCGAGCAGGCAGGCAGAUCCGGGGACAGCCCGCGCGCUCCAGGACCCCGGCGGCGGCGGCGGCGCGGCGCGGCGGGAAGGGGAAAGUUUCAAAGCCGAGCUGGGGACUUGCCUACCUUCGCUCGGGCGAAAUGAAGCUGCACUGCGAGGUCGAGGUAGUCAGUCGACAUUUGCCGGCUCUGGGAAUGAGGAACCGGGGUAAGGGUGUCCGGGCGGUGUUGAGCCUCUGUCAGCAGACGCCCAGGAGUCAGCCUCGGGCUGGGGCUCGGGGCGAUCGAGGCGGCCCGCACCCCACCUGCCUGCUCAUCUCCACCCUGAAGGACAAGCGCGGGACCUGCUAUGAGCUAAAGGAGAACAUUGAGCAAUUCUUCACCAAAUUUAUGGAUGAGGGGAAAGCUACUGUUCGGUUAAAGGAGCCUCCUGUGGAUAUCUGUCUAAGUAAGGCCAAUUCCAGCAGUUUAAAGAGUUUCCUUUCAGCUGUGAGACUGGCUCAUAGAGGUUGUGAUAUUGAAGUACCACUUUCAACCUUCACACCAGUGAAGACUUCAGAAUUUGAAAAAUUUAAAACUAAAAUGGUUAUCACAUCCAAAAAGGACUAUCCUCUAAGCAAGAACUUCCCGUAUUCUCUGGAACAUCUUCAGACCUCUUAUUGUGGGCUUGUCCGAUUUGAUACGCGUAUGCUUUGCUUAAGAAACCUACGGAAAUUAGACUUGAGUCACAACCAUAUAAAAAAGCUUCCUGCUACAGUUGGAGACCUCAUCCAUCUUCAAGAACUUAACCUGAAUGACAAUCACUUGGAGUCAUUUAGUGUAGCCUUGUGUCAGUCUACACUCCAGACGUCACUUCGGAGUUUGGAUCUCAGCAAGAACAAAAUCAAGGCACUCCCUGUGCAGUUUUGCCAGCUCCGAGAACUUACAGAUUUGAAACUUGAUGAUAAUGAAUUGAUUCGAUUUCCUUUCAAGAUGGGACAGUUGACAAAACUGCGUUUUUUGUCAGCAGCUCGAAAUAAGCUUCCCUUUUUGCCUAGUGAAUUUAAAAAUUUAUCCCUUGAGUACUUGGAUCUUUUUGGAAAUACUUUUGAACAACCAGAAGUCCUUCCACUUAUAAUGCUUCAAACGCCAUUAACUUUAUUGGAAUCCUCUGCACAAGCCGUAUUAUGUAAUAGGAUUCCAUAUGGCUCUCAUAUCAUUCCUUUUCAUCUUUGCCAAGAUUUGGAUACUGCAAAAACCUGUGUUUGUGGAAGAUUCUGUCUAAACUCUUUUAUUCAGGGAACUACUACCAUGAAUCUACACUCUGUGGCUCACACUGUGGUCUUAGUAGAUAAUAUGGGCGGUACUGAAGCACCUGUUAUCUCUUACUUCUGUUCUCUAGCCUGUUAUGUAAAUUCUUGUGAUUUGUUAAAGUAAUAGGUGAUACCACAAAAAGAAAUUCCACUUAGUUUCAGAUCAGUUUGGGUUUCAUUUAUGGUUUAACUGUGUCAAACUGGAGAAAGGGAAGCCUUUCGUAUACUUCAGGGGAAGAAGGUGUUACUCUAACAUUUUCAAUCAUUUGACCGUAAAACCUUAAUUUCAUUAAAACCUAUUUAAUUUUAUUGUGAGGAAACUUUUAUCAGUUUAUUGCACUUGUGUUGAUUUUAGCCUAGUGUUUCCAGAAUGGGUUGUGGGAUUAUCUUUUAAUGUUAAACAGAUACUGAUCCCUAUCACUCCACUCAUAGAAUUUUCUUUUCAAUUUUCUUCUUGAAUUUCAGUUAAAGAAAUUGAAUUCCUGUAUGUAGAAAAUAUAUCCUGGAGGACUAAGUCUAAAUUUUAGUGAAAACUUGUUUGGUAUGAAACUACAUAAGCAUACCACUUUUUGUGUUUUUCAGGUAUAUUAUUCUACAUAUGGAAUUCUAUAUUCAAGCAUAAAGUUGGAAUUGCUUUGGGAUAAACAGACUUCAGCUUUUAUAAGUUUUAUGUUACAUCUUUGUUGUGAUUUCUAAGUUUUUUAACUUUCAGAGUUAGAACAAGGUUUUAGGGUUGGGUAGGAGGUAUAGAAAUUUGCUUUGUACUGACUACAUUCUGUAUUUGAAGGUUGUUCUUUUUUGUUUAUUAUUUUAGUCACUUAAUAUUUUUAUGUUUUUAAUUUAAAAAGUGGUAAUACACCAGCUAUAGUAUGAUGAGGAUUUGAACUAGGGCAAAGGAAUGGAAAAUGAAGCUGCUUGAAAGAAUUGUGGAAAAUGGAAUCAGUAGAACUGCUCCAUUCUGUUCAUUCCUAUGGUCCUUAUUCAGAUCAGCCUCUUUUUUAGAUCAUUGCAAUAGCCUCAUAACUGGUUUCUGGGAACAAAGGAGGUGAAAGAGUCAAAGUUACUGGAGAAAACCCUCUUAGCAUAUCAUUGCUGUUUUGGGCCUGGAGUUACAGGUAGUCUGUGUGAGACUAUUUCUUAAGGUUUAGGGUAACUAACUACUUCCUCUGUCCUAAAAUAUUUAUUUGGAGCAUUUUAUUCUUUUUUGAAAUUACAAGUAUUCCUGAGUAAAUACUGUUCUGUUAGAAGAUUUUUAUUAAAACUUUAUGUAUAUGAUCUCCAAAACAUAGUUUCUUCUCAGAGUGGAUUCUUUCGUCCAGAGUAAUUCUUGGGUGACCUUAAAUUUGUAUUUCUUGUGGUCAGUUAAGUUCUUCCCUUAAAAGAUUUCUAAAUAAUUUUUAGUUUUUCAUUAAAAAAAUCAUACAUAAUGCAAAAAUGACUUAAAUAAAAAGAGCUGCCAUUUAGCUGCAUCUUUGUUCCAGGUGUUUUACAUACAGUAUUUUAUUUUUUUUAAAGAUUUUAUUUAUUUAUUUGAGAGAGAGAGAAUGAGAGAUAGAGAGCAUGAGAGGGAAGAGGGUCAGAGGGAGAAGCAGAC